AUGACAACAAGCUCAUCAACUCCUACCAACGGUUACACAAAUGGUUCGCACCACAAUGGACAGUCAACCAAAUCCGAUGUAUGCGUCGUCGGAGCCGGGCCAGCCGGCUUAAUGCUUGGAUCUCUCUUGGCAAGAUUCGGCCAAAAGGUCCAAGUCAUUGACGAAAGGCCAGAUCAGACUACAGUAGGCCGCGCCGAUGGGAUUCAGCCAAAGUCGAUUGAGACGCUGCAGAUGCUGCGUCUCGGCGACGAGCUUUUCCGCACUGGUGUCAAAGUCCACGACAUUUGCAUGUGGCAGAGCUCGAGUGAUUCUGACCUGCACCGGUUAAGUCGCUCGAUUCAUUACCCUCCGUCUGUCGUGGAUCUUUUGCAACCGUACAUCUUGCUGUGCCACCAAGGCAUGAUUGAAGGUGUCUUCAUUGAUGACCUCCGCAAGAGCGGCGUGGAAGUGAAGCGUAGCCACAGCUUCCAGACUUACAGCACCUUGGACGAUGGCUCCCUGAGCAUCGAAUGUGACCGUCAAGGGGAAGGAAAGACAUCAAUCAACUCAGAGUUCCUGAUAGGAUGUGACGGCGCGCGGUCUCUCGUUCGAAAGAGCAUCCCCGACACAUUUGCCCAAGGUUCACCGCACGCUUCAGUAUGGGGCGUCCUCGAUGGCGAACUAGAGACGGACUUCCCUGACCUCUGGAGCAAAACAGUAGUCUUCUCUGAGAGGUACGGCUCCAUCCUCAUCAUCCCCCGCGAGCGCAAUAUGACGCGCUUCUACAUCGAGAUGAAGGCCUCAACAUCCUCAAAAGACCUGGGAGAAGAAUACGUAAUGGAGCAAGCCCGCCUCAUUCUCUCACCUUACAGCGUCAAAUGGCGCUCCGUGGAAUGGUUCGGCAACUACCAAGUCGCCCAGCGCGUGGCUGCCCGCUUCUCCGACCCAGCCCAGCGCGCCUUCAUCGCCGGCGACGCCAGUCACACGCACAGUCCCAAGGCGGCGCAGGGUAUGAACACGAGCAUCCACGACACCUGGAACCUCGGGUGGAAGCUAAACCUCGCGCUGCGCGGGCUCGCCAAGGGCGACGUGUUGCUUGCGACGUACGAGCAGGAGCGCAAGAAGAUUGCGCACGAUCUCAUCAACUUUGACUUUGAGCACGCCAACGAGAUUGCUCGUGGAGACGCGAAGCGACUAGCGCAGAACUUCAAGACGAACACGCGCUUUAUUUCGGGCGUCGGGGUCGAGUAUGGCGAGAACGAGCUCAACCGGGGUCGGGAUGAAUGCGUCAAAGGCUCUGCGAAGCCGGGAUGCAAUCUCCCGCCUGCAAAGGCUACCCGUUAUAUUGAUGCUUGCCCUAUCGAUGUACAGCUUGAUGUUCCGGUCCUGGGCCAGUUCCGUAUCUACGCAGUCUUGAACGACGUCUCUAGCGCUGCGGGCGUCUCUUUUCUCCGUGACUUCAGCAGCGACGUAGCAUCUGCGUCUUCAUUGGUGUCGAGAUUAUCCGCCGCAGCGGCGCAGUCGUACAAGUCGAAGCCACGGGCCAGCCGGGUGGACGACAUUCAUAUGCGCCCUGAGAGAUACACAUCCAUCAGUCAAUUGUGCACAUUUGCGCUCAUCACAUCUACCGACAAGAACGAUUUCGAAAUCUCCUCGCUUCCUCCGAUAUUCUCACAGAGUGCCUGGACCGUUUAUCUCGACGACGUAGCACCUUUGGAUACCCAAGGACGCUCAUGUACAGACAAGUGGCUUGGCGGUCUCGGAACGGACGAAGCUUCCCUCAUCGUCGUCCGACCGGACGGCUACGUGGGUACCAUCGGCCGCUGGCAGGCAAGCGAAAGCGGCACCGGUGGGAUGGCGGCGCAAUGGCUGGAUGACUACUUUGGCGGUUUCUUACAAGCGCCUGACACGUAUUAA